CACACAUCUGUGAAGCUCCGAGCAUCCACCUCAGAGAGGAGGAACAUAUAUUAUUCACCAUAGGAGUUUAAUCCACAAUUGUGUAAGACUCAGAUUGUAUUGGGCUAAAUAUGUUCACUCUGCAUGUAACCGCUAACCGACGGGAUCUGACGUCUUUUGUAUUCAUAUUCACCACGGGGGGGUCGCUGUUGUCAGCGUUAGCUUAGCAUAGCUUGGCUACGGAGAACGGGUAAUGUAUGUUUGUCCGGCUAAACACCGUUACUUGCAGUCACAUCGUGCACUUUGGCGUCGUCGCUCAUUGCUUCAGAAUUACCAAAGUGAAGAUACUAUCGCCAAGUCAUAGACCAAACACCGAUACACACUGGUACGGUUUAACCUUAUAACGCUUAACGUUGACGUGCUUUCUCAAAGCAGUGUGUUGAGUCCGCUAACCAAGCUAGUGAGUCGCUGGCUGGGGGUUAGCUGCUAACGCUGGAGGUAAACAUGCACCGCACAUAAAACGAUGCAGAAUCAACCUGAUGCGGCUCGGGUUCAAGCUUAGCUCAAUGGAUGGUGCACCCAGGCGAAGUGAUGAAACGUUAUCUCCAGACGGGUGUGACUGGGGACGCCAGGUCUCUGUGCUGAGGACCCGAUGCCUUCGCUGAGCCUCCACGAAGAGCGUGUCAGUGAUGCUGACAGCUGCUGUCCAGAUGCUUUGGCUUCCCAAAGUAGCAGAUCGGCCCUCCUACGGAAGAAAUGAUGAAAAAUUGCGAAUACCAGCAAAUCGAUCUGGAGGCACUGUCAACACCCGCCCCCACCCCUUCACCCCAACCCGUCACUGACAAUGGGAAGGAGGAGGAGAAGACGGCGAAAAAACAGCGAAGAAAGUGGGAAGUUUUCCAGGGGAAGAAUCGCUUUUGUUGCGAUGGGAGGAUCAUUAUGGCCCGGCAGAGUGGGGUGCUACCCCUCACCCUGGGCCUCAUCCUACUCACCAGUGUGUUAUUCUUCAUAUUUGAUUGCCCCUUCCUGGUCCAGCACCUGACCGUGUGCAUCCCUGUGAUUGGUGGAGCCCUGUUUGUGUUUGUGGUCAUCACACUGGUGCAGACCAGCUUCAGCGACCCCGGCAUCCUGCCCAGAGCCACCCCUGACGAAGCUGCUGAUGUGGAGAAGCAGAUCGACGACGCCGGCAACACCACCUACCGCCCGCCGCCGCGCACCAGGGAGGUGCUCAUCAACCAGCAGGCGGUGAAGCUCAAGUACUGCUUCACCUGCAAGAUGUUCCGGCCCCCGCGCACCUCCCACUGCAGUCUGUGUGACAACUGCGUAGAGCGCUUCGACCACCACUGCCCCUGGGUGGGCAACUGCGUCGGCAAGCGCAACUACCGCUUCUUCUACACCUUCAUCGUGUCGCUCUCGUUCCUGACGGCCUUCAUCUUCGGCUGCGUGACCACCCACCUGGCACUGAGGGCUCAAGAUGGAAAAGGCCUGGUGUUCGCACUGCAGGAGAGUCCUGGCAGUGCGGUGGAGCUGGUCAUCUGCUUCUUCUCCGUCUGGUCCAUCCUGGGCCUCUCGGGCUUCCAUACCUACCUGGUUGCUUCCAAUCUGACCACCAACGAAGACAUCAAAGGCUCGUGGACGGGGAAGAGUGGUGCCGAGGCGGCCACCAACCCGUACAGCCACAGAAACAUCUUCGUCAACUGCUGCUCUGUUCUCUGUGGACCCAUGCCCCCCAGUCUGAUUGACAGGCGGGGCUUCCUAUCAGCGGAGGAGGAGGCGGCUGCGGCGGCGGCGCCACAGGCUACCAGCAGAGAGGUGGAGCUGCCCGUCCUGGCCUCCAAGAAGGACAUAAAUGUGGUAGGAACGUGGCUUAUGGUUUGCAGGAAUCUCCUUUCGCUUGAACAACACCCCUAACCCCAUCCACCGCAAAAAACGUCUUCAUCGUUAGGAGAGCCUGGUUUCCUAGCAUAGCUGACCCCAUCCUGACCUCUUGACUGCGGCCUGUCAAGCCUCCAUGUUGUUAUUAAAAAAUAAUUCUUAAAUUCAAAGCAUGAUUUAAAUUGACCCCUAUGCACUGCUCAGAGUCUUUAGUCCACACUUCAGUUUCACACUCCGAUAUACUUGGUGAGAGGUUGAUGGUUCCAAUGCAACAUCAUGGUCUCGCCUUAGCUCAGAAGGUUCUGCGAACACGGGCAAGAGCGAUUUUAAAGACGCCAUGCAGCACGGGGAAUAACAUGCACCGCACUGACCAACCAGCAACAGGUGCACCAGGCAUGCUUAAUGAGCUAAAGACGGCCGUUAGUCCGUUAUUCAAAUGAGAGCAGAAGAUGAAAGGGCAGAUGAGCGAUCAAAGAUGGCCAGGUCCCAUUGUCGGGGGACUGGGGAGGAUGUUCAUGUCUCUUCCUCCAUGGACCUGAGAGGAAACAGACAGGCAUCAGUGUCGCAUUAAGGAAAAACCAUAACACCCUAUCAAAUAAGAACAAAAACUUCUGAAAAACAGCUUUUUUUAUUGACCUGCUAAUCCAAAACAAACAGUAACAAGCAAUAUCUUUCAAGAAAUGUGGGUGCAUGUGUCCAUAUUGUUCUAUGUUUUUAAAACUGAAUUAAAGUAGUGGUUUCGCACAGAAUCAACCCAUAGAACCACAAUAUAACUAUGUCACUUUAAAUCUAAAUUAUACUCAACGUGUGUUGAAUAGCUAGGCUGUUGGUCUUAGUGCUUGCAUUUAGGGUUCUGCGUUCUUGUGAAAAGUCAAUGACUUCGGGUAAUUGCUAUAUUAUAAUAAUAGUCUAACAUAAAUAACCUGGAAAACACAGCAGGGAAGAAUCGGUGGGUUUUCGUUGUGUAUGCACUUGAUUUACAUGAAAAUAUGUGUAACGUCGUCAAAAUAAAGUCCUGUCCACGACUGGUGACCUUUGGUGUCUUGUGUAUGUCUAUGUGUGUGUGUCUGUCUAUGCAUGCGUGUCUAAACCUAUGUCCUGCCAUCCGUCUCUACUACGAGGAGCAUUGUCUGAACUUUGCUCUGUCCUGUAUGAUUGAGGAGCCUGCUUUUAGUCAAGCCAGUAAAUCUCUAAGACAGGAUGGGGAAAAAAAAGUGUCUUUGUUUUUGUCUGUGUGUGUGCGUGUGCUUUGACUGCAGUUGUUUCUGCACGAGCUGUUCAUGGAAUGUGUGCUUGGCUGGCUGCCUAUCAGUGUGUUUACCGCCACGCCAAUCCUCCCAUCUCAUUGGGCAGACGUAACCGUGGCAUGUUAACCGCUUGUUGCUAGAAGCUCGCCGUUUUGUUCUCUGCAUGCACGUCAAGGUCCGAUGGAUGUUUUCAUAUCCAUCGUGUCCUUGGCGAGUAAACGAUCAGUUCAGGUCUUGAUCUCUGCUAUUUUAUGCACACAAGUCCGGUCUGUUUGUACGGCUCACAGUGUUGGAAUGUGUGUUCAUCUGGGUCGGUGUAGAGCUGUUCAGCCCCUGGUUAUACAAGGUGCAGGCCGUGUCUUAUCCCCUUCUUCUCGAAGACGAGACGAUUCAUUAUUCUUCUUCUUA